AUGGAUCCGGAGACGACGAAACAAGGAUCCCUACAGACUCCCGCUCUUAAGGACAAAUUGGCCAGCGAGACCCAUUUACGUCGCUUCACGGAGAAUGUAUUGGACUCCAGGCAGCAGGAGAUUGAAAAUCGGGAGUCAGAAAAGGGCCAGCUUGCAGAAGAGGCAGAAAUUCUCAGAAGGCAACUUGCCGUCACCCAGCGGCAGCUCGCAGAGGCUCAGGAUCAGAUCUUUCGUCUACAGCCUAGGAGGAGAGAUAUCACAGAAACAGAGGCUAGAGAAGCCUACAAGAUCCUAGUUGGGAAUGUCCAGCGCUGGGUUGAAAAUCGUGCUGCAUAUGCUAUCGAGGAUCUGGAAAUUGGCCGCCUUGCUGCCAGAGCAUCAUCUCCAGAAGGGCUGCGACUCGUUUCUCUUCUUAGGGAACAGUCAAGGCGAUGCUUGAAUGUUACGCAGUCUGAUGAGUUUCACAUCACUGGGGUCAUCAUGAACUAUCUCCACGUUACUCUGUUCUCAAAGUCUUUUUAUUGUCCUCUCGAUGAUACGGAAGGUGACGGAACGUCGAGAUGGGUUGAUGAUCUCGAGAACACUAUGUCUCGAUUGCCAAGAGAUACAGCUCAUUGUAGGGAAUGGAGAAGCGAGACGCUGACUGCUUUGACUCACCAACCAUCUUUCAGAACGCGCCGGCAGAGGUUUCUGAAUUUUGUUGUUGAAGAUCUGACAACCUUACUGUCAAUAAUUGCUCCGAAAAGCCCUCCCGCUGAACUGCAAGAUUCUAUUCGCCGAAGUAUUGUUGAACCUGCAGCAGAUCUCGCUCAUCAGCUUCACCUGGCGCCCAGUGUGUUUUCAUUGAAAUGGCCUGCUCGCACAGCCGCGACGAGGUUGGAGGUUUACCAAUGCUUGAAUUUGGCGAAUGGAGGAGCAACUCUUGACUUGAGUGGAACAAAGGCAGCUUCGCAAGCACGCCGCGGUGUCAUAUAUCUCUUUGAUAUAGCUCCCGGGCUUUUCGUCGAGAGAGUAGAAGGUGGUAGAAAGCUCGGGUUGAAAGCAAUUGUUAAACCCACUGUUCUCGUCACUAACUCGGGCGGGGAUGUGCUCCAGGGCCCAACAAUCAUGAGUUUCCUAUGGAAUAAUACGCCAACUUCUCAGGGAACCAGUCGAAGCUCAUCAAGAGCAUCAAGUUCAAGGAGGCCAGCUGGAUCGGUCAUAUCGGCAUCGAGCAGACAAAGAUAUUAG